UUGGAAAAUAAGCACUUCUGUGUUUUUUCACGGAAACCGCCUCUCCAACUCCAAGCUUACUUUUUUGACCGCCCACUCUCUCUCUAUCUCCCCUCUUUCUUUCUCUCUCUACAGCUGCUAAUGCUCAUGUUUUGUAUGUUAUGAACAACACAAGCUCUACAAGUAGCCUGUUCACAUCUGUGAGAAGCAGUUUAUAAGUGCUUUUCUCAAAGCUUUGAAUACAUCAACAACUCGUGGGCUUUGAACCAAAGAAAAUAAAAAAAGGGAAAGAAAACUCAAGCGUUGAAUCCAAAACAAUUUCCCCCCACCAUUCCCUCUUCUGUCUUCCAAUUCCACGGCAACCAAAUCCCCAAAACUUUUUUAUUGACCUUGAAUUCAAAGUUUCAUCGUUUUCCAUUUUUUCCAUCUUCCAAAUUUCCAAUUCCGUCGUUUCGACACGUAUUCGAAGGAGACUAGUGGGGUUAGUUGUUUGUUUGCUGAGGCGAAUUUAUGUGUAUAUAUAUAUAUAUAUAAGCAUAUAGCAGUCAGACUCACUCAAAUCCCAUCUUCCAAUUCAAUUCAACAUCUCUCUGGAGUUUUGGAAUUUCAAAAGCACUUUUCAGGACUUUGUGAAAAAUCCCAUUUCAGCAGGUGACGAUUUUGCGCCUUUCAACCUGAACCUGUUGAGCAAUUCUUAUGGGGCUAUCAUUCUCACUACUUGCCUCAGCCUGGGAAGAAAUUGCGAGGCAUAGAUUCUUCGAGUUGACCUACAACAUCAGUUUAACUCCCAGAGAUAUUGGAGCACAAGUUAUUCGAAGAACACACAGCUUUAAGAAAAUAGAAUCCGAAUCCAUGACAGUUAAUUCAAACAGUUCUAGCAAGUCGGGGACUAACAAUUCGAUUCGCUUGAGGGAAUACAAACCCGAAAAUGUGAUACUCGACAAGAAUCUUUCGUUUAAAGGUCUUGUCCAAGAGCAACAAGACAUGGGGUUAGAUUUUUGUAAAGGCAAAAAUGAAUUGAAGCACAAACCAAUGCCUGCACUUGCUCUGCCUGAGCCGCCGGUUUUUUCUUCGCCAAGGCCGGUUAGCGAGCUUGAUGCUGCUGCUGUUAAGCUUCAGAAGGUUUACAAGAGUUACCGGACCCGAAGAAACCUUGCAGAUUGUGCUGUGGUGGUUGAGGAGCUAUGGUGGAAGGCAUUAGAUUUUGCAGCUCUGAAGAGGAGUUCUGUGUCGUUCUUCAAUGUUGAGAAGCCGGAAACCGCUGUUUCGCGGUGGGCAAGAGCUAGGACUAGAGCAGCCAAGGUUGGAAAGGGUUUGUCCAAGGAUGAGAAGGCACAAAAAUUGGCUCUUCAACACUGGCUUGAAGCGAUUGAUCCACGACAUCGGUAUGGACACAAUUUACACUUCUACUAUGAUCUCUGGUUUGAAAGUGAGAGCAGCCAACCUUUCUUCUACUGGCUGGAUGUCGGAGACGGGAAAGAAAUAAACCUCGAGAAAUGCUCGAGGACAGUCCUACAACGUCAAUGCAUCAAGUAUCUUGGACCGAUUGAAAGAGAAGCAUAUGAAGUAGUAUUGGAAAAUGGAAAACUUUUAUACAGGCAAAGUGGGGUGCUUGUGAACACAAGCGAAGGUUCCAAAUGGAUAUUUGUCCUCAGCACGACAAGGUCUUUGUACGUUGGGCAGAAGAAGAAGGGUCAGUUCCAACACUCGAGUUUUCUAGCAGGUGGUGCUACCACAGCAGCUGGAAGAUUGGUUGCCCGUGACGGGAUUCUUGAGGCUAUUUGGCCAUACAGUGGUCAUUACCACCCAACAGAAGAGAACUUCAUGGAAUUUAUCAGCUUCCUAGAAGAUAAUCACGUCGACCUCUCCAAUGUCAAGAGGUACGCAAUUGAUGAUGACUCUUCUUAUACGAAGACCACUGAAGCGGAAUCAACAAAGGAGGGUUCGUUCAAAUCGACCGAAUCGGACGGUGCAAACAAAACUGAUUCACAUGGCUUGGCCAGCAAGGCUCCAAUCACAACCGUUCAAGAACAAACUAAGAAGGUUGAUAGUGCCACUGCCAAUGCCAAGCCACCAGUUUUUGACGCGUACAAGCGCUUGUCAUGCAAAUGGACUACAGCAACUGGACCCCGAAUCGGGUGUGUCCGGGACUACCCGACCGAGCUACAAUUCAGGGCACUUGAACACGUUAACCUAUCUCCCCGGGUCGGUCCUGGACCGUCAGUACGUUAUGGCCCAAUUCCAUCUCCAAGGCCCAGCCCAAACGUCUGGCUCUCACCCCGGCUCUCAUAUAUGGGCCUUCCUAGCCCAAGGACCCCAAUCCCCGCAGCCAACUAAGCUCGCCGAAGGGAACAUUAGGCUCGUGGGCUGGGUUAGGUAGCAGUAGGUUAAUAAUGGGCCAAAGCAGCCGUACAAGAAUGGUGGGCCUCUCGCUAAGCCCAAUAAGGAGGAGUUAAGGGAACUAACCCAAUUUUUUCGUUCCUUCGAUCUCGAUCAUUUGAUUUUUUGUACAUGCAUUGUAAACCAAGUGGUUUCUUUCUGUCAAAUUUUCUACUGAUUUGACUCAUGUAUUUUUUGGGUCGGGUCGGGUUUAAUUUAUUCAUUAUUUGUAUACCAGGAAGUCGAGGCCACUGAAUGAAAUGUAAUAUUCAAAAUUUUCGUUUAGUAAUUGUUCUA